AUGUCCUCUUACUCAAGUGCCGAUGAUGAAUACGACUCUGACGAGCCACCUGAGCUCAAUCUAAAUAUAAAAGAGCUGAAGAUCCGCGCGACCGAGGCCAUGCGCGCGACGUGCACUACUGUUGAGCGGCUCACGAGAGGCUCCUGGCAUGAGAUCUUUGCGCUUGGGUUCGAGGAAACUGAUGCGACACCGUAUGAGUCACUCAAACUCGCUAAAUACUCUUGCAUUGCCCGUUUCUCCCGCGUCAAAGGAAAUGAUGCGAAAGAGGAGAGUGAAGUUGCCACGAUCCGCUAUCUUAAGCAGCACACCAGCAUUCCUGUUCCCGAGGUCUAUUAUCAAGACCUGGACCCCGAAAAUACUGUUGGCGCUGCUUUUGUUCUCAUGGAAAGACUCCCCGGUCGUCAUCUUUACAAGACUUGGGAUGACAUGUCGCUUGACAAGAAGAAAGUGGUCGUGUCUGAGAUUGCAUCCAUUAUCGUCGAGUUCGCUUCUCUCAGAUUUGACAGAAUUGGAUGUCUCACCCAGGAAGGCCUUGGUCCAAUUCUGAGCCCUCGCUACAAAGAACCCCAGGGACCGUUCGACUCGUCACUUGCCUAUCUGGAAUCUUUUAUAUCACCAGACACAGUUGAAUCAUCCGAGUUGGCACAUCUCUUCCAGCAAAUUAAGAGAGAAUUGGAAAUCCAUGUACACCGUGAAAACGCUGUCCAUCUCAAGCCUCCGUUUGCAUUUAUCCACGCCGACUUUGACGCACAGAAUAUGCUAUUUCUGGAGUCCCCUGAUGGUUCAGGCCCAGGGUUCAAAUCCACGACACUACACUAG